ACCCAAUGCAACUAAUGUAAAAACAAAACCAAAUAAUUGCAAAUUAUUAAUAACGGAAGGUGAUUCGUCAAGAGGGUUGAUUUUGGCAGGACUUGGUGCCAUUGUUGAUAAAGAUGACUGGGCAAUCAGGGAAAUUGAAGAAAUUAUUGGAUUAGAACGAAAUAAA